GUUUGUAGGACUGAAAGUUAUGUAGCAUAAUACAAUCUUUGUAAAAGCAGAAGCGCAUUGGUAAUUUGCUGGUGAAAGUUAGUCUUAUUCAAGCAACUUGAUAAAUCAUUUACAGACUGCAACUCGACGCGCUCAAGGUAACGAAGUUUUGGUUUCGUCUUCGUUUUCCUUUUCACUUUCUGUUUCGUUUCGGUCGUCGAUGCGCUCGUUGAUUAUGUGCUAUACAUUUUUCUCAGAAGUGCAUAUCUUUACUGAUGCCUCGCAGGCAAGUCAGCCGUUUCAUCCUGUAUAGUUCUAUGAGGCUGAUUUCCUAAAUUUAAUCCUUAUUCUGCUUUUUGUGUUCAGGCUUACGAGCUCUACCUUUCGGGCACAAUUAGAUGGACUCACGCGUCAGGCUUCGUCAAUGGUUGGAAUGCCGACUCAAUGAGGGCCGCAUCGAAGGUCUCCGUUGGAUCGAUAAGGAGAAAGGAAUCUUCAAGAUACCAUGGAAACACCAUGGCAAGCAUUCUUGGACGGAGCACGAUGCUGCAAUUUUUAAGGACUGGGCUGUUGUUACUGGCAGGUACCGCGCUGGUGUCGACGAACCAGACUGGCCGAUGUGGAAGACCCGUCUACGAUGUGCUUUAAACAAGGCUCCGGAUAUCCAGGAAGUGAAACAACGUCAUGAUUUACAUUGCGAUCAGCCUUUCAAGGUUUAUCGGUUCAUCAGCAGAACGGAAUCGUUGUGGCGUGCAAAUGCGGCUCGGAACGCCUGCAUGAUUUUCGACGGCGUAACUCCGACUUAUAAUCCUAACUUCCCGCCCACUCCUGUUUCUCAACUCGGCAGCUACGAAAUGGCUACUCCCUCCAUACCACUGGGAUCUAGGCGUACAGCUGUCAUCGUCCAGCGGUUUCCGUGCGUCAACACAAGAACGGUCACACUUGUUCAGCCUCGUAACGAUAGACUGUUUUUGAGACGGGUGCCUGUGAUCCCUUACCAGUCCGAGUUUCACAACAACAGGCAAGAACCAUGUGCUCUGCGUAUUGUUGCCUCAAGAUCUCUCAACGUACGUCCCACUGGCACUAAUCAUCCGAACUUCAAGUCUGCGCACUCCGACUAUCUGUCUCGCAAUGCCAGUGAACGAUCCUCCAAUGACGUGACUUCAAACAAUCGGUUCGGCAUUGCAUUAAGUUCUCGACCAUCUAGCUGCUGCGGAGAUUUAGAUCCAGCUGACCCUUUACUAGGUGUAACGGAACCGGAAUUUCAUCAACUUGGAAUACGUAUUCAGCAUUUGAAUUUCCGCAUCAAAGACACGAUAGUUACCAACCCGAAUGGGUGUUGUGUCUACUUCGGUAGAUACGAUCAGGUACCGUCCGCCGGUUUUGAGACUAUAAAUUCAAUUCAGAUCAGUUCGUUAGCGUCACCAGAUCCUGUCGAGGUUCAAAUCCCUCAUCACGUGUCGGAAGCCAAUAAAGAAUUUGUCGAUUUACUAUUGGAAAACAUGAUUCGUGGAGUUAUCCUGUCUGUCAUUCAAGGCAGCGUGUACGCAGAACGAGUGUGUAAAUGCGCUGUUUUUGUAUACGCUCCUGUUUGUACUGGUGAGUACGUACUGCUGAAAAAGCUGGGACGUCGUGAACGGGAUCUUAUUUUCGACUAUGGGGAGUUCGUAUCGCACUUGCGUUCUUAUCGUGCUGGUCAACACCCGAAGCCCCAUUUCGAAGUCAUUUUGGCUUUCGGACAGCAGUUGAGGCCAGGAUCAACCACUAAUAGCCUCUUGGUCUGGUGUCGCGUUGCUAGCUGCCGCGCUUGGUUUCAGUUAAACAAACACCAAUCGGUGGAUCUGGAUACCCAAGGUUUGCUUAGGGAAGAUCUAAUGUCCGCAGGUGAUUUGCUUCAGGAACGUGACACUCCAGACUCCGAUUAUAGCUAUGAUCAUUUACCUUUACAUUUUAUGAAUCGUUCAGAUCUCAUGGUACACAACCGCAGCGGUCCGCACAGUACAGACUAUCCGUCGAUUCCUUCCGACGGGAAGAGUACUUGUACUGAUCACAAGACAUCCUCGGGUGUUGCACUGGCUGUUUCUCUCGAGCGGGAUCUUACUCACGAAGAACAAGUUAUUGAGGAAGCUGUGGAAGUGCCUCUUGAUUCUGACGAAAGCAUGAAAUACGAGUCGUCACCUCUUGCCAUUCAGGACUGUCUCAUGACUUCCGAUCCUGUUGUUUGUGCACCAAAUGAUAUGUGUCUUCCGGGUUCACCCGUCGCGGAUGGGUUACUACUCAGUGGAUCUAGAUCGCCUAAAGUGAAACAAACCUCACCAUUCUAGUUUUGAUACAUGUGUUCGCGUGAACGCCACUUGCAUGUUUGCCGCUGCAUCACUUCACUCCUGCUUCUUGGUAUGAGCGAAACACCCUGUUUUCAAAUCACUCGCUUGUACAGUGCCCCCAAAAGAACAGCCCGUGCAUUUAGCUCAACGUUCCUUUUUCCAUAUUGCUCGGGUGAUUUGUGUUAAUUUUGCCUUGUUUUCUAUAUUUUUUAUCGCCAAAAUCAAGCGAUCCUAUAUUUCCCUGUACAAUACCCAAUCGCGUUCAUUUCACUUGUUGAUCACUUUUUAUAUACCCGGCGUUUUGCACCCUCGGCCUUUUACAAGAUUUGCUCCAAUUAAACAUCGCCACUAACACUUCUGUGUUUGUGUUGGCAUACG